AUGGUGAAGGUCGUCCUCUCCGACCGCCUUGCAAGGUGGUACUUAUUGUUUCAACAAUUUGAAAUCAUCUAUGUGUCGCAGAAGUCUGUCAAGGGGCAAGCCUUAGCUGAUUUCAUCGCAGAUCACCCAAUACCUGCUGAAUGGGAGUUGUCUGACGAUUUGCCUGAUGAAGAUGUGCCUGUCAUUGAAGUCCUACCCCCAUUGAAGAUGUACUUUGAUGGAGUUUCGCAUAGAGAAGGGGCAGGUGCUGGAGUUGUCUUCGUCACUCCAGAAUGCGAGGUGUUGCCAUAUUCAUUCACCUUGACCGAGCAAUGUUCAAACAACGUUGCUGAGUACCAAGCAUUGAUACUUGGGCUCGAAAUAGCAGCUGACAUGAAGCGAUUAAGAAUUAACAUUUAUGGAGAUUCAAAGUUGAUCAUAAACCAAGUGUUGGGUCUAUAUGAAGUGAAAAAGGCAGAGUUAGUCCCAUAUAACAACUAUGCAAAGAUACUCAUGCAAUGGUUAGGGGACGUCACAAUUGAACAUGUACCGAGGAAAGAAAACAAGCAAGCUGACGCCUUAGCCGCAUUGGCUUCAACUAUUGCUCAUCCUGCAGCCCGAGUGCAAGUAUGUCAAAAGUGGGUAGUUCCGCCAAUCUUCAAUGAAGACAGCUCAGUUGAUGAAACUGUUGAAUUCCCUACUGCCUCAGUUUAUGAUAUAGGCAAGGACGACUGGAGGCAACCGUUGAUUGACUACCUCAUCGAUGGAAAGUUACCUGGAGAUCCUCGUAAGAUGGUGGAUAUAAAGCGUCGAGCUCUUCGCUUCAUCUACUAUAAAGAGACGUUGUAUCGUCGUUCAUUUGAGGGAGUCUUUCUCCGAUGUCUAAGGGAAGAGGAAGCUUUACAAGCUAUGCAAGAAGCUCAUUCUGGGGUUUGCGGUGCACAUCAAUCCGGUCCCAAGUUGCACUUCCACAUUAAGCGAAUGGGAUAUUAUUGGCCUACAAUGGUAAAGGAUUACAUAGACUACGCCCGAAGGUGUCAAGCUUGUCAAUAUCAUGCAAACUUUGUUCAUCAGCCACCAGAACCUCUACACCCAACAGUUGCAUCUUGGCCAUUUGAUGCUUGGGGACUUGAUGUGGUUGGCCCAAUUACGCCUAAGUCAUCUGCAGAGCACACAUACAUAUUAGCUGCCACCGACUACUUUUCAAAGUGGGCGGAAACUGUAGCAUUGAAGGAGAAAGUGGUCUCAAAAUCGAAAAGGGACUGGCAUGACAGAAUGGAAGAAGCUUUGUGGGCGUAUAGAACCACAUACCGCACACCUACUGAAAGCACUCCAUACUCUUUGGUGUAUGGUGUAGAAGCGGUCUUGCCUCUAGAGCGCCAAAUACCUUCCUUAAGGUUGGCCAUACAGGAGGGUCUUACCGAUGAAGAAAAUGCUAAACUACGCUUGGCUGAGUUAGAAGCCUUGGAUGAAAAACGUCUGCAAGCGCAACAAAGCUUGGAGUGCUAUCAAGCUCGUAUGUCUAGAGCUUUUAACAAAAGGGUAAGGACCCGUUCCUUUCAAAUUGGGGACAAAGUCCUAGCUGUUCGCAGGCCCAUCAUUGUCACAAGAAAAACCGGCCACAAGUUCACUUCAAGGUGGGAUGGUCCCUACGUGAUUCUAGAAGUUUACACCGGCGGGGCUUAUAAGCUAAAUAGUGAAGAUGGUUUGAAUAUCGGUCCAAUUAUUGGAAGGUUCCUAAAGCUUUACCACCCUUAA